UCCAGCGAGCUGGUGUUUAGCAUAAUCGCACUGAUAGCCGGCUGCAGCCAGAGCCGCUUGCAUUCCCCUGGACUAACUCAUUCAUCAGCCUGGAUUAUUGCUCCCUGACCCACACUGUAGCUCAGCUAUGACUGUCAAAGCCGAAGCAUCUGGACCCACAUUAACGUAUUCCAAGAUGAGGGGAGUUGUUGCCAUACUCAUCGCUUUCAUGAAACAGAGACGAAUGGGGCUAAAUGACUUCAUUCAAAAAAUAGCCACCAACUCCUACCCGUGCAAGCACCCUGAAGUUCAGUCUAUUUUGAAGAUCUCCCAGCCUGAAGAGCCUGAACUUAUGAAUGCUAAUCCUUCCCCUCCACCCAGCCCUUCACAGCAAAUUAAUCUUGGCCCGUCAUCCAACCCACACGCCAAGCCAUCAGACUUUCAUUUCUUAAAGGUUAUUGGAAAAGGAAGUUUUGGGAAGGUUCUCCUUGCAAGGCAUAAAGCAGAAGAAGAAUUCUAUGCUGUUAAAGUACUGCAGAAGAAAGCAAUCCUGAAAAAGAAGGAGGAGAAACACAUGCUGAAAAAAGUGAAAAACCCUUUCCUGGUUGGGCUCCACUUUUCUUUCCAGACUGCAGAUAAAUUGUACUUUGUCCUUGACUACAUCAAUGGUGGAGAGUUAUUCUACCAUCUCCAGAGGGAACGUUGCUUCCUGGAACCAAGAGCACGGUUUUAUGCUGCUGAAAUAGCAAGUGCACUGGGCUACUUGCACUCUCUUAAUAUAGUUUAUCGGGACUUGAAGCCAGAGAACAUCUUGCUGGAUUCUCAGGGGCAUAUUAUCUUGACUGACUUUGGACUCUGCAAAGAGAACAUAGAACCUAACGGCACUACCUCCACCUUUUGUGGCACACCUGAGUAUCUUGCUCCUGAAGUUCUUCAUAAGCAGCCCUACGACAGAACUGUUGAUUGGUGGUGCCUUGGAGCAGUUUUAUAUGAAAUGCUUUAUGGACUGGUAACAGAAAUGUAUAAAAAUAUCUUGAACAAACCCCUGCAAUUAAAACCAAAUAUUACCAACUCUGCUAGACAUCUUCUGGAAGGCCUGUUGCAAAAGGAUAGGACAAAGAGACUUGGUGCUCAGGAGGAUUUUAUGGAGAUUAAGAAUCACAUCUUCUUCUCUCCAAUUAACUGGGAUGAUCUCAUCAGUAAGAAGAUUACACCCCCUUUUAACCCAAAUGUGAGUGGUCCCAGUGAUCUGCGACACUUUGACCCCGAGUUUACAGAGGAGCCAGUCCCCAACUCCAUUGGCCAAUCUCCAGACAGUAUCCUCAUUACAGCUAGCGUCAAGGAAGCUGCUGAAGCCUUUCUGGGCUUUUCAUAUGCCCCACCCAUGGAUUCUUUCCUGUGAACUUUCUCCUUUCUUCUUCUUUUGAUUAUUAUGUUGGCCUUCUGGCUGAGCUGCCAGUUGACCAGUCAUCUUGAAACAGAAUUUGCACAUCUCCUCCAUGGCAGCUUUGCAGCCUUAAUUUCAACUACACUGUUUGCUGGAAGCUUUUUUUUUAAACAGCACAUAACUCCUCUAAAUGAGCUUACAAGCGUUGCAUUUUGAUUUGUUCUUCCCCCAAAGUGGUGCUAUAUCCUUGGGAAAGAACAUAAGAAGUGACUGUUGCCAUCGUCUGCUAUGGCAGAUUGCAGGAAUAAUAAUAUGCUGUUUGGAAAUAACAUUCUGAAAGCCUUGCCUGAAGAUCUGGACAUGAUGAGGAUUUUAUGAAAUGUGCCUUUUUUCUGAUGAAAUCGAGUUAAGCUCCAAACUUUUCCUGUUGCAGAGUGUUUCUCAGUUAUUUUAUGUGGGUUUACUACGUGAACAAAUGGUAUGAGUGUGAUAUGCAUAAUACAGAGGGACUUAGUUUAAAGCAUCAAUGUGACACUUGCAGGACACUACAAUGUGGGGCAUUGUUUGUUUCUUUCAUAUUUGGAAGAUAAAUAAAUUAAGUGUAGAAUUUGAUUUUUUUAUAAAUAUACAGUUAGCUAACGUUAUUGAAAUGGGCUCACAAUUAAUUAUAUCCAAAUGCUUGAAGAAAGCAUUGCUGCUAUGAAAAGUUUCUAUUUUUAGAAAGGUUUUUAUGGACCAAAAUGCCCCAGCUGCAGUUGGUCAGAGCUGUUGGUUUUGUUUUUUUUAAGUUUAAAAGAUUUCAUCUGUAAAGUGGGCAUUAUUAAAGGGGGGUGUUGCAUUGUAUGUAUUGUAAAAAAGUCUGUACAUUCAGUUGUAACUCUAGAUGUAUAUUUAAACUUACAGCCUGGCUUGUAAUGUACACCAUCGUUGUAAUGUAAUUAACAUGGUUAUGUACUUGUUUUUUGGUGACCAAACCCAUUGGUUUGCAGUAAAAUAUUGAAAAAACUGUGUA